AACAUACGCUUCGUGCUUCGUGUCCCACCAUUAUACAAAAAUUCAACAAUUCUUGACGUGCGGUCCUCCUAGUAAACAAACUUCGCGCAUCUCAAGGUGGUGAAGUUGCACCACGCUCGGGCCGCUCGCAAAUGCAUGUUGAGCGUCGGCAUGAAUGAUCGUCAUUGUGAUACUACGACGAAUUUGUGAGGUUCACGACGAAAAGAGUAGUAUUCGGCACCGAGGCAGCGUCCUAACGUCGCCGGAAUGGCUGUAAACAGGAUCGCGUAUUUGGCUCUGAGGCUGUUGAUACUAACGAGCGUGUACGUGGCCGCUCAUGACAGUGACAACACUACCGUCAGGUGUCAAUUCGGCAGGCCCAUGCGUAAACAGGUGCCGGCGGAGCCGUUGCAUGGCAUGUGUCUGCGAGACAUCACCGUGCACGUGUCCAUAGCACUGCGAUCCAUCGGCGAGGAGGAGCUCGGUGCGCCUUUUUUCCAGGAUAUGAUAAACAAGAUGGAGUUCACGCAAAUACAUGGCAGCUUGAGCACAAAACUGAACUCGCUGGUGGACAAAUUCAACAAUAAGCUCAAGAUGUACAUUGACGUUCUGAAUCAGAGCUACAAUGUGAUAUAUUCUGUCCUGUCUAAGACACAAGAUCAUUCUGUUUAUUCUAGUCAAAUGGUUGACCUAAAUAUCAUGCAAGAAAGGGUUUCCGAUGUAUGCACUCGGAUCGUAACAGCACUCGCGACAAAUACAAGGAGUCAAGAGUGGAAGAACUUACACGUGCUACCAGUGAGUCAACCGAGUACGAUCUGUGGUCCUCCCACAUUAGCACACAAUAUUGGUCCACUUAUAUUAUCUCAGUAUUGUACUGAGAAGAAUGUCAUUCUACUUUUGGAACAUGACACAUUAAUGUCAGAAACUGAUUUUGCUUUGACUCAAAUGGCAGCCAAAACUAUCAUAGAUAUGUUGUCGGAAACUGAUAACAUAGCAGUUGUAGGCCUUGCCAGCACUGUUUCUCUAUAUUGCAAAGAUGGCUUGUUGAAGGCAACAGAUAUCAAUAAGUUCCAAUUAGCCCGUUACAUUGAUAGUUUAAUCAGAACAGAUGUCAAUCAGACGAUAGAAACUGAUUUUCUGUCUAAAAUACUCGACAGAAAAUUGACACAAAAUCUAAGGGGUGAAGUAGCUAUUGUGCACUUGACUAAUAAAUUUAAAAAUGCAUCAAGUAUCCAGGGACUUUCCAAAGUCAUUUCAGGGACACUUAAAGCUCACUUCAGGACAAUACUUAUUCUUCCAGACCAACAAUCACAUCUCAGUAUUAAAGAAUCCUUAAACAAUGACAGUGUCAUAGUUCUCCCAACGCAAAAUGUCCUCGGGUAUGAGAUAGGAAAGCUAUUCGCUUGCUUGCAAUGUCCCAAUCAGCACAAGAGAGAUUAUCACGUAUCAGAUCCAUACUUUGAGCCGUAUAGCAAAACGAUGACACUGUCCAUUGGACAGAUCACGAAUGUAGCAUUGCUGUCAUUAAACGUGAAAUUGCGCGAUGUUCUCGACGACAUAACGUACUUUAAUGCCGGUCCAAACGUAUAUGCUAUACUCUUUGACAGCAAAGGUGUGGUUUGGAUGCAUAAAAAUUUCCCCAGAACCGAGACGAUGAUCGAGCAACCGCUUAAAGUGCAUUUGCAAGAUAUCGAAAAUAUAGAUAGUCGACUAGUAAAGAGAAUAAUAAAUGAAACUGAAGGAGUCUUAAACGCGGAAACCAAGCUGGGCGAGCAAAGACGAUACAGGUGGAGACACUUAAUUUACGAGGACUUAAUAAUAUGCUUGGUGUCCACGAUUGAAGAAGCUGUAUUGCCCGUUGCGAGGACUGUGCCUCCGCUACCGAUGGACAUAUUACACCACCGUCUUGAUCUUAUGCUUCAGACUAUCGUUAACAAAGACACACUCUGCGCCUAUAGAAACAGAAUUAUAACUUAUUCAACAGGGGUAGUUUAUCUGUCACCGUGGUGCUUUCAGUCUCCAAUGGAGCAACUGAAAUUACUGGAGACUGGUUCAGCUAUGACUGUACAAAGUUACAUGGCGUACAUAAAAGAUCUGACAGGUCUUUUAGCCAACCCUGGUCUGCAUCCGUCCGUAAAGCCGGAUGUAGCGACUCUGGCACAAAUUUUGGAACACUUCAAGAAGCAACAUACUGAAAGCAAGCUGAAUAAAUAUGUUAUACGAAGAUAUGUUGUCAGUGCAGUCAGUGGUGUGUUGGAAAUAUUUCCGGGAUUGGUACUGGAUUCUGGUUUUGAUCCAAAGAGGCGAAUGUGGUAUGGGAAAGCGUUGGAGCAUCCUGAUAAAGUAGUCUUAACCCCACCUUAUUUAGACGCGGGUGGAUCAGGCUAUGUGAUCACCCUCAGUCAGGUGAUUAAAAUCUCCAUGGCAAAAAAUAAAAGUGCAGAUUACGUCGUCGCUGUCCUAGCUAUGGAUGUUUCGAUGGGCUACAUCGCGAGACUGCUGGCGCAUAUGUUCUCGUUCUGUACCGACGCGACUGUAAAAUGCUUCUUGAUGGAUGACAAAGGCUAUCUGGUGUCUCAUCCCACGCUGUUGGAGGCGACGGGCAAGAUCGAGCAGCAGCAUUUGACGCACAAGGAGCUCUUGAUAGCCAAUGACAUACUGAAUCACGGACUGUUCGUGAAAAAGAAAAUGUGCGCCAAUCACUUAGACGGUACGGUGCAACGAUAUUAUCAGUUCAAUACGUCGCUCGACGAGGUGCUCACUAACAUGGCGCACGGCGAGCACUGUGUCAAAUAUCAAGUAGCCGCUGUACCAGGUACCAACCUAUUCAUUGGAGUCGUCAAUGUGACGACACAGUGCAAUCAGCUGAGAGCUUUCUGUCCUUGCAGCACGAUGGAUCAUUCGUGUCUAAACUGCAAGAGCAUGGAACAGACUGGUUGCGAAUGCCCUUGCGAGUGUUCGUUGUACACUUCCAGCUGUACACAACAAAGUACCGACGAUUUGAAUUCCUGCCCACCUUUGUACGAGCAAGGUUCGAGUCUACAGACUCCGUGGAUACAACCAGUGAAUUUAAAAUCAUGUCCGUCUGCCGACUGUAAAUCGUAUACAACGGAAAGAGACUGCCUGGGCAUUGUGGAUUGUCAAUGGUGUCACAUCGAUAAUGACGGAGAGACUCCUUUGCAACAUCCGUUUUGUUCCGACAUGUCCGUAUGUUUCAAGGGAGUGUUUGGAUCUUUGAUACCUUACAGUGACGGCACCUAUAAUUCACAAUCAGCGGACGAGGUCAUGACACGGGAGUGGCCGUCGGUCGGGCCAGUGGCUGGUGGAAUCCUCGCGUUGGUCCUGAUUCUAGGUAUUAUUCUGUUCUGCUACAGACUGCGGUCGGUGCAUUCGGGUCUGGAGCAUCAAUGUUUGCAUUUGCAUACUUCGCCCGACACUUUGCGCAUGACGCAUAUCGAGGGCGAUCCAGAGCCCACAGAAUUGGAUCAGAUCAAGAACAACUUGGAUUGCCUCGCGAGGGAUAACAUCGCGCCGGUGUCGCCGUAUAGAGUCUCUACUAAUUACAGAAGACCACCCGGUGGGGAUAGCGAUCACGGCUACAGCACUAUGACACCACAUGACGACUCCGAGCAGCAAACAUUCGUGGAACCUCUGCUGGUUGUUGGCAACAACGUGGAGCCGGACUUGAAUAGGCAAUCUACUGGAAUGCCUUCCCCUACGACGUACUUAGGCUCGCCUCAUCACGUUUUAGCGCCUGUGACUGUUCAUCGUAAUAUGGAGACAAAUUACUGCUAGCAAAACUGAAACUGCCAUUUGAGAAGACACUUGCGUAACGCGUAAGGUAAGACAUUCUUCCACGCGUUGUUCAAUCUUAGCGUUCCCUCUAUUAAAGUUAUUUUUUUUAUUAAGUCAUUUUUUCUGCAAUCUUAGGAUAUGAGAGUUAAGAUAAUAUACAUCUUUUAACAUUAGAACGACUGGCUAAAAUAAUUUUGACUGCCAAAGGAGGAAGGUCAAUAAGGAGGGGCCGAAAACAGGCCUUAUUGACCCUCCUUUCUUUUUAAUACUUUUACCAAGUUUUUUUUAACAUUUUUACCAAGUUUUUUAACUUUUACUAUAAAUUAUAAAAUGUAAAACAAACAUAUUUUUUGUCGCGGGUAGAACAAUAUUGUCUCACUCGAUCUUUCAAUGAUAAUAUCCAAAGUCAAUUGUUCUAAUGUUAAUGCGUAGAAAUCUAUUACAAUCAACACAAUCUUACAAUCUUUAAUAUAGAUAGGAGACGUGAAUGACUUCGCGUUACUUUAUUCACAGAAUUGUCUGUGUAGUUUUUAUUAUCAAUAAGCGAUGAUAAGCGAAAAUCUUUCCAUUACUGACGAGCUUAAAAAAGCAUUUGUAAUUUUUAUAAACUGUACCUAUUGAUACUGAAGCCUUCCACAAGUGCUACUAACGGUUUACGGGUUGUGAGAGUAUCGCGAAUCUAGAUAUAGAUAUCGACGAUCUAGAUAUCUAUGUUGAGCAAGAGACUUAAUUUAAAGUACGAUUAUACUGGUAGAUUACUGCAGUAGAGCGGAUUAUCUACACAAUUCUUCAAUUACUAGUGUACACAAUUUGAGAUAGUGUAAAAACAUACUAUUUUAUUAUGACUAAAUAUUGCAGCUUGCCAAGUAGUAUUUUAAUGUGACGAAGUUAGCGAGAUACUAAUGAUACAUUCAGAUAUAGGUGCUAUACAAUUAUAAUUGCGUAAGUCGAAAGGUUUAAAUGAGAGAACCGUUGUUAUUGUUGAGUAUGGAGAAAUUACAUUAACGUGAAAUAUUAAUGCCAGUGGUGGCAAUUUUGAUUUUGUCGAAGUGGGCAAACGUUAGUUUACUGCUCGAAACACCGCCUAUCACACACCGCGAUUAAUAAAUUAGCCUACAAUAAUAAUGUGAAACAAAAGUGGAGAUUUAUUUGUUUGUAAGUAUUUUGUUUAUGGUAGAAUCAUAAGACUGUCGGUGGUUCAUCAUAAUUCCAUGACUUCUUAAAAACAUUUUCAUUUUUUUUUGUUUUUUUUUUGUUUUUAUGCAGUGUACUUAUUAUCAUGGUUCAAACAACAGUGCCAAAAUGCGAUAGAAUUUUGUAAGUGGUGCGGGAUAACUUUAGAAAGCUGUACAUACAGGUCUGUACUCUGAUCGAACAUUUACCAGAUGUAUCCUCUUGAUUCUCAAGCUCGAAUAAUGUUACAUAUGAUUUUUUCAAAGUAAGAGAGUUAAAGGGCUUGUCAGAUCAGGUGGUUACAUUUAACGCACAAAUGCGUCGUCAGAAUAUGAAUCAUAGAAUCUAUGCUAUCAUUUCUAUUUAUAUGAUUUUAUUUAAGCAUUUCAAACUUGAAAUGCAAUCAUAAUUUGAUCAUUGCAUAUGGCGAUUAUCACAAUAGAAACAUUGAAAAACAUAGAGCAAUGGGAGUCGAUAUAUCAGUGUGUAAAUUAUAAUGACUUUUAUUGUAAUGUGAGGCUGAUUGUACGCUACCGAUACAAAAAAUGAACUAGGUAUUAUAAUAUUUAAAUAUUUUUAAGAUAUAUCCGUAUAUUUUUUAUAGACGUUAUUAAAACUAAAUUAUCCAAUUGCAACGAACAAAAGUUACAUUAUUUUUGGUAGCUAUAGUACAAGCUUUUACAAAAAAUCACCUAAAAUCCUACUAUUAGGAUGUUAUUUUACUGACAUGAUAUAUAUAUAUAUAUAUUCGUUUAUGCAUAUAUUUGCGGAAUAUUUUAACAAACUGACAUGAUCAUAGUAGGGACAUUAUGUUUCUACGAUUCUUAGUCAUCAAUAAAAACAUAGAAAACAGGAUGUAAUUUAUGACAAAUGCGCAUAUGAUAUAUAAAUACGUAAUCUUAACUGGUACUUACAAAAGAAGGCUAACUUUUACCGAUGUAUUGUUAACUUCAAAAAUGCAAUGUAACGUUUUGUUGUUUCUAUUUUUUUUUAUGAUAUGUAUUGCGUACAAAAUUCUUGCUGAGAAACGUGUAAUGAGAUUUUAUACAUUAUAUCAGUAUUUUUUGCUAUUAAAACCAAUAUUUUAUUAUUAAAUAAAAAA